UCUACUGCGAAAGUAUUAGCAUAUAUCUAUCUAUAUAUAUUUUUGAUGAAAAUGGUAUUACCGUGGUCAUUAAUAGGAGUAAUAAUAUUUCAAUGUUGUGUAUUCCCGUAUUUACUUUCAGCCCAAUCUCUUCAAGUAGGUUUUUACAAUUCUACGUGUCCACAAACUGAAACUAUUAUUCGACAAGCUGUGCAGAAGCAGUUCAAUACCGAUCCUUCCAUCACUGCAGCUUUGCUUCGCAUGCAUUUUCAUGACUGCUUUGUCAGAGGGUGUGACGCAUCGAUACUCAUAAAGUCAACAAAUUCUAAGAAAUCAGAGAGAGAAGCUGGCCCAAACCAAACGGUACGAGGCUUCGAGCUGAUCGAUACAAUAAAGAAAAGUCUAGAAACUACCUGCCCAUCAACCGUUUCAUGUGCUGACAUAAUAACAGUAGCAACUAGAGACGCUGUAGCGUUAGCUGGAGGUCCAAGCUAUCCAAUUCCAACAGGUAGACGAGAUGGCCUAAUUUCAAAUGUAGCAGAUGUAAAUUUACCAGGCCCAUCACUUACAGUUCCACAAGCUCUUCAAUCAUUCACAAACAAAGGACUUACCUUAAAUGAUAUGGUGACAUUAUUAGGGGCUCAUACGGUUGGAGUCGCACAUUGCAAUUUUUUUCAAAAUAGGCUAUCACCAGUACCUGAUAAGACUAUGGAUCCUACAUUAGCUGCCCAAUUAUUAAAAACUUGUGCUAAAAGUACCGCUACGGCAUUUUUGGAUCAAAAUACAUCUUUCAUUAUUGACAAUGAGUACUUUAGACAAAUUACGUUACGAAAAGGUAUACUGAAGAUUGAUCAAGAGCUUACUUUGGAUAAAUCAAGUGCUCCAAUUGUCACAAGUUUAGCAGCCAACGAGAAUGCCUUCAGACAGAGUUUUGCAAAUGCAAUGAUAAAAAUGGCAAGUAUUGAUGUUCUAGUUGGAAGUGCUGGAGAAAUAAGGAAAAAUUGUGGGGUCUUUAAUUAAUCCCACUACAACAAAUUAGACUUUUUGUGGCGAUCUUAAUUUGGCACCUUACAAAACCUCCCUUGUAAUGUUAUUAUGUAAAUCAAGUGUUCGUAAUAUCAAGAGUGCUUUAUGUUAUUAUGUAAA